AAUAGAUAAAUCCCCCAAAAAUCCGCGAUCGCGUCCCUUCUCGCCCCCGCCCGUUCCCCUCCUCCAAUUCCCAAUCCCAAUCCCUCCUCCGCCUAUCCGCCCGCUGCUCGUGUUCCAUUCCGAUUCGAUUCGAUUCGAUUCGUCCAAGCCUCCACCCCGCCGCCGCCGAUAUCCGAAUCCUAGUCCAGUUCGCCCUGCCUCACUCCCCGCCGCCGCGUCGUCGGACUCGAGCCCCGGUGAAUCCCCGGAAGUUUUUGCAUCUGCUUGCUUAUAUAUGCUUGAUUGAAGUAUCCUCGGCGGUUGCCGCGGCGAGACGAGGAGUUCCGGCGGAUUUGCGUACGGUCUGCUCGGGCUCCACCCCGCCGUUUAGGAUUCAGGGGCCGCAGGGUUUCAAAUAGGUGCGGCUCUGGUGAACCUUUGGUCGUGGGUUUGAGGCUUGGAGCGAUGCCGAGGAGCACGCGACGCAGGUCCCGCAAGCACGACCGGGAGGAGCGGGACAGGUCGGACUCUGACGAGGAUCCGCGGCCACGGGAGCAGGAGGAUAGGAAGGCGUCCGCCGGCAGGGCCUCCAAGGGCUCGGAGGGCCACGAGAAGCGGCCUGCAAAGCUUCCCAAUGCUGGCGAGGCAUCAGGUUCUUCGGCCGAUGGGCAGAAGAAGAGGAAGAGCAGAGGGGAGAAGGAUAAUGCCGCCGGGGAUGACAGGUGGAGUCACGGCGAAGAAGAUGAGAGGGUCAGUUACCAUGACUCGAAGAAGUCCAGGAAUUCAGACGGUGAUGUGAAGGGGAAGUCUGCAAGGAAGUCUAGCAAGGAAUAUGAUAGGUCCAACGAGGUUGUCAGAAGGAAGUCAGAUAAAGAUACAUUAUUUUUGGAGGAGCAUAGUGGUGGCGAGCAUCACCGAGUGAAGGAGAAGGGGAGGGAGCUUGAGGCAGAGAAGUCGAAAGAAAGCAAGCAAGUGUUGAUGCUCAAGGAAGACGGUAUGGAUCAGCAGUAUAAGAUUGUCAAGGAUAGGAGUAAGGAUCAUGAAAAGGGGAGUGAGGGCAGGCAUGAUGCAUCAUUGAAAGCUACGCCAAGAAACAAAGAGGUGAAAACACGAGAUUUGGACAGCGAUAAAACAAAGAAUUAUUCUAAUGGAGGAACUGAUGCAGACCGUCAUCGUGAAGAUGAGUUACAUGGUGGAGAUUCAGAAAAGAAUGGGAGGCACAGGAAAACAAAGGAUCAGUCUGCUGCGAAAGAUGAGUUACAAAGUGGCAGCAAGGGAAGGCAAACCAUGCCUCGGGAUGUUCGUACCAAAACUGAUGGAUGUUAUGAGCAGCAACACACAGAUGGGAAAUUGAAAGAUGACAUGCCUAGAGGUGUGGAAAAACGCAGAGAAGAAAAAUAUAGAGAUGAUAGGCCCAAAGCCCAGGAUAGGCAUAACAAUGACAGACACAAAGAUGAUAGACAUAAAGACGAGGAACUGCAUAGAGAUGAAAGGUACAAAGAGGAAAGGUCGAGGCACGAAGAUAGACAUAGGGAUGUAAAAUACAAAGGGGAAAGAUCUAAAGAGGACGACAGAUAUAAGGACGAAAGAUACAAAGAUAAGCCUAGAGAUGAAGAAAAAUCUAGGAAUGAAAGAUCUGAUAACAGCUCUAGAGAGAAACAUCGAGAUGAUAGUUAUAGACAUCAUAGGAGUCAAGAUGGUGGGUCAUGGGAUGUGCGAUCCUCAAAGGACAACACUAGAGACAGGUCAUUGGAAAAGCACUGCAAAGAGGAACAUAAUUACUCAGAGAGCAGGCACAAUAGAAAUAGACUCCAUGACAAUGAGGUUGACACAUCUGCUGCUGACCGUAGGAGCUCUAAGUAUAGAGAUGACAGCAAAGGGAAGAAAAGGUCUUAUGAAGAAGGCAUCUAUAAUGGUGAUCUGGAACCCAGGAAUGCAAAAGAAUAUCAUGGAGAUGCUAAACGCAGGUCUGAUGUAGGCUCAUUUGUAUCAAGUGAAGACCGUAGACGGGAAUAUGAGAAGGUUGAUUCUCGGAGGAGGGAUUUUGAGAGGAAGAGCCCCACCAGAUCCAGCACAUAUCCUGUGAAGGAGCAAAGCAGGCAUGUCUCUAAACAAGAAGAAUCCUCACCCAGGGAGAAUGGUGCUGCUCUUGGAAGACAUAGACGAACAUCUGACUUUCAAUCAGUUGAGGGUCUUAGUAAAACUGAUGCAAAUAACAAUGAAUCCUCUCUUCCCUCGAAAGAUGGUAGAAGUUUGAGAUCUGAUGGCCGACCAAUCCAUUUUAAUGACAGACCACCAUCAGCGAGUGAUUGUCAAGUUUCGAACCGGAGCAAUCUGAGGCAUAAUCAUGAUGCUGUUGAUGGCUCAGUGAAGAAAGGUAAUACCAGAAAUCAUGAGUUAUUGAAUCGUCAAGCUACUGAGAACUACCAAAGUGCAUCACCAGGGCAUCUCCAUUUGCCACGUGAUAGACCUGAGAUGGACAAUCAAAGAUCCUUUGAUGAUGAUAAUAGGAGCCAGAUUAGAGAAUGCAGAUCAAGCAGCCGCUCAAGAAGAAGUGGUACUGUUGAUAAUGCAAGAGGGCAUGGUAACACUUGGAAUAAUCCGUCUUCAUGGCCUUCACCAGCACCAAGUGGUUUUGGUCCUUUCCAGCAUGGGCCUCCAAUCCCUGGUUUUCACCCAGCUAUCCACCAGUUCCCUCAAUCUUUAUUUGGGAUGCGGCCAUCUAUGGAUACGAAUCAUGCUGGGAUGCAUUAUCCUUUGCAUGGACAUCCUGAAAGUUUUCCACAUUGUGCACAAUCAUUUCCGUGGCACAAUCCUGCAGAAGACCCUUAUCUCUCUCGGGUAGCUGGUUGGGAUGCAAAUGGAAGUGUCUUUGAUGAAUACUCACACAACUAUGGCAGGCAAGAACUGGGCCGGAAUAAUGAUCCUAAUUUUCAUCAGCAGUCAGAGUCGGAGGUGCCAUUUCCAUCUCAUACUCUUGUCAAGCCCUCGUUAAUGCAACUCCCAGCUGAAAAUCAAAGUCAAUGCUCUGAAGUCAAAACAGUUGGGACCAAUGCUGAAAAAACUGAUGCACAUGCUCCAAAAAAUAGAUCUGACGCAACUCCUGGGCCUUCUAAUGUAAAAGUGGAUUCUCGGUUUUGCUCUAACUACUUUAAGAGGCUUGAUAUUUCGACAAGCCUUGCUUCACCAGAGCUGUACAAAAAAUGUAGUACAAUGGCGGGGGAGUUGGAGCUGGCUGGAUCGUAUGAAUCUACCAUGCCUCGGUGCUUGAAGAAUAAUAAAGAUGAGCACGGGUAUCAAGCUCAAGGUUUCAAAUGCAUGAUAAAGUCCAUAUUUUCAGGGAAAGCAACUUCUGUAUUUGAGAAUGCCAUGAAGCUUUAUAGUUCGAGCACUGGUUCUAGGAAGUCCAAAGCUCUCACAUCAUCUUUACAACCAGACAGUGAAGAGAUGAUUAAGGAGGCUUCUGCGGACAUGGUGGAGGGAAAAAAUGUUCCUGUCAUCCAGGAUCAGGCAUUGCCUUGUACUGAUAUGUGUGACGAAGUGGACAAUAACGGCGGGCCUCAUCAUGCAGCGGUUGAUAGCAUGCCUGGUAAUGCUGGGCUGGCAAAAGAUUGCAGCAACACAGGAGAAGACAAGGUUGGCUCAGAUGUUGAGGACAAAAGCCUCAGCAUCAACCAUGCUGAGGGGCAUGCUUGUGAUACUGAGGAGCUGCAAUUUCUGAGCAACGGUGAGGGAGAGCUCCUUCCUCCCAAAGCUUUGCAACCUUGUUGCAGCUCGGUAAGCAGUGUUCCCGACGUUCCGAAAGAGGAAUUUUCUGGUGUCGUUUCUGAUGCUACAUUUGCCUCUGGUUCUCAGUCGUGCGAGGAUGUCAUGCCAGGUUGUAGGGUUAAUUUUAACCGGAUACCUUGCUCUCCUGGGAGUACUUAAAACAAUUUAUUCCAUUUAUUGCUCCAAUUAGUAUCCCAUCUCCGUCGGCUGGUACCCUAAAUCUCCAAUGCGUUUCUUUUUCCCCACCAUAUUUCGUUUCUCUUGGAGAAUUGGCAGCAUUCUCCAGUGUGUUCCUUGUUCUGCCGCAGUGUGUGUGGCAGCGAUCAAUAAUAAAAGUUGUCUUUUCCAUCCCA